CCACUGUUCUCAUUAAAUAAGCCAAUAAAACAUAAACCGUCAACAUAAUGAGGCAUGCAUUUUCCAGACAAGCGUCCGCACUAUCAGUGCGCUCUCAGACAUAUCGCAAGAACUGUACUUUGCAUGGUUACAUUUAUUGGUAAUCUGUCAGACCAGGAAGACGACGACUGUAUAUUUACUUACCUUCAAAAUGUGCACGUACGUGUGUGUUUAAAAAAAAAGAAGAAAAGUUUUUGCUACGUGGUGGUGUCGUUUAAAGGCUAAGAUGUAGCCCGGAAAAUGUUAAAGUGGGUGCAAAGACAUAGUUUUCGAAAUGUCAAACAAAAAGAUAGAGAAAAGGAUACCGAUAGGGGUGAUAAGGAGAAGGUUACUGCCUUUUGUCCAGGAUCUGAUCCUCGAAUAGCAACCUGCAGAGGCAAACUACAAAACCGUAGGUCAAAACUCAACCAGGAAAUUAAUAAGGAGUUGCGACUUAGGGCCGGAGCCGAGAAUCUCUUCAAGGCGACGACGAACAAGAAACUCAGAGAGACCGUGGCUGUGGAACUUAGUUUCGUCAAUUCCAAUCUUCAACUGUUGAAGGAACAACUCGCCGAGUUGAAUUCGUCUGUGGAGUUGUACCAAAGCGACAGCACCGACGCUGUGAUGCCAAUGAUCCCCUUAGGUUUGAAAGAAACAAAAGAAAUUGAUUUCCGGGACCCUUUCAAGGAUUUCAUCUUAGAACAUUACAGUGAAGACGCCAAUCAAUAUGAAGAUGCCAUUUCGGAUUUCAUGGAUACGCGACAAGCUAUCAGGACGCCACUCAGAGAUGGUACCGGCAUAGGAUUGUUAUUUCGGUACUACAACCAGCUAUACUUCGUUGAGAGGCGAUUUUUCCCGCCCGAUAGGUCAUUAGGGAUAUAUUUUGAGUGGUUUGAUUCGUUAACAGGUGUGCCAUCGUGUCAAAGAACGGUAGCGUUCGAGAAAGCUUGCGUUCUGUUCAACAUGGGAGCUUUGUAUACUCAAAUAGGAGCCAAACAAGAUAGAUCCAUAGCCAAAGGUUUGGACGCAGCAGUCGACAGCUUCCUUAGAGCAGCUGGUACCUUUCGAUAUAUACACGAAAAUUUUACCAACGCUCCCUCUAUGGAUCUGGGUCAUACGAUGCUCGAAAUGUUCGUACAACUAAUGUUGUGUCAAGCCCGCGAAUGCCUCCUCGAAAAACUGCAGCUCCAAUCUAAAGAAAACAGAUCCGUAGACAUAUGCUUCGACUUGUCGCAAGAAGCAGCUCACUUAGCCGACUGCUACAACGAUGUUAUUCAACUUAUCGCUCAUGAUACGGUACGAGAUUUUGUCCCAUACAGUUGGGCUUCGUUGGUCCAAGUCAAAAGAGAGUAUUAUACUGGCAUGGCGCAUAACCUAUUAGCGUCAGGAGUACUAAAUAAGGAUGCAGGAUCGAUGUCCGACGCUGCCAAGGAUACUCUUAUGUACAUGCAUGCGGACGUCGAUGGAUCUCAGUUAGAUAGAGUACCUAAAAAUGAAGCAGAAAGGAGGUUACUAGGAAGAGCUCACUUACGUGAAGCCUUAGUUAUAUACGAAGAAGGCCAAAGACAACACAGAAUGUGUAGGGAACUGAAAGGAAAACUAGCCCUAAUAUCUGUGUUAAGGACGGCUCACAAACAAGCUUUAAAUGCUUAUACUUCAACGGAAACGGAAGAUGAUUUCAGCGACUUAUUGGAUCCUCCACAAAUUCAAGCCGCAACGAAAUUCCAGCUAUCGCUAACCCCUCCAGAUUUCGCACAAUACCGUGUGAACGAUCUUUUCAGAUGCCUUGGCCCCAUUGCCAUCUUUUCAGCCAAAAGGCAUUGGACUGCCCCUAGAUUGGUACAGCUCCAUCGAGGGAAAACCACAGACGGUUUUGGCUUUUCCUUGCGAGGAGACGCUCCAGUCAUUGUAGCUGUCGUGGAAAAUAACUCGCUAGCAGAGUUCGGGGGCAUCAAAGAAGGUGAUUUCAUUGUAGCCGUAGCAGACAAAGAUGUGAAGUGGUCUUCUCACGACGAGGUAGUAACGCUGAUCAAAAAUGCUGGUGAAUCUCUCAAUUUUAAGUUGGUGACCCCAAUGGAUAGAAACUAUUUAAAGCCUAACAAAGUCCCCAACAAUAACAAGGGAUCGGUUUCCACGCAUAGUAGUAGCUCAGGUGUUUCCAGCGGUAUGUCUAGUCCAUCAGGGUCCAUGGCCCAUCAUAACAAUAACAACAAAACUAGGUUGAAUUGGAACCCGUUCAAGAGACACCUUAAUUCGAGGGAGGGGAAAGAAUUCUAUGACAACGUUAUUCUAAGAUGAAAUUUUAAAUUUUAAAUUAUUUAUAGGAAAAGAAAGUUUUGUACAGUUAUUUAAAUAUUGUUGAUAAUUAAAAAAAAAUGUCGGAUAGUAAAUUGUUGUUAAGCUAUUGUUUUUUGGAAAGUAUUUUUUAUUGGGAUAAGCUUAAACGAUUUAUUAUAUAGUUAUUAAAUAAAAUUAAGCAUUUAUGCUUGUAAGGAUAGGUUCAUAAAAUUGUACCCCUCGAAAAAAUUAUGUCGGCACCCAUGGUAUUUUAUAAAAACUCUAGAGUCAUAACUUUGGAACCACCUUAUCGAUUUAUAAUUUUUUUGUUGUAUCUUACAGUUUUGUUUCAAUCGAACUACUGUCGUAUUAUAUAAUAUACGCAAUAGUUCUAAAGUUAUGGUCAGAUUGGGCAUUGAAAAACAAAACGUUGUUGGAAAAAACGGAAAAAACUAAAAAUAAAUCCCUAAACAGUUUCCUGAAAAUGAAAUUUCUUUAGGGUAGUUUUCCAAAUGGUUAUUUACUUUCCAGAAAAUAAAACUCGACAACACUAUAGUCUGGGUUGUAUAAAAAAAAUGGUUAAUUAUUGUUAUUAUAAUUCCAUUUAGGACUGACUUAAUUGUUAUAAGUGAAUUCUAUUAUUUAUAUUAUAUCUGUUGUAAAUAAUAGUGUUAUUACACACAUAUACCUUUCGGAUUUCCUAAAAAUUUAUUUAUGUUGC